AUGGUAGUGAGAAUUCGUUUGGCAUGUCAUGGUAUCCGUAACCGACCAUUUUAUCAUGUUGUAGUUGCAGAUAUUAAAUCUCCGAGAGAUGGUAAACAUAUAGAAAAAGUAGGAAUUUAUGAUCCAAUUCCAAGUCUAGACGGUAUAAAAAAUAUUGAGUUAAACAUUGAAAGAAUUAAAUAUUGGUUGGGAGUUGGUGCACAACCUAGUGAAACUGUUGCUAGACUUUUAUCAAAGUAG